AUGAACAAUUCUCGUAAUGAACAUUCACUGGCGUACGAGUCCAAACCUUCUAAUAAAUCUGAUUCCGCCCAGAAUUAUCGCCCCAAACAUGUGGACACCAUUCAGCAAAGGUCAUCUAUCCACUCUAAUCAGCAAGAGAUUCAAUGUUCACUAAAAGGAUCAUGUUCUGUUAGUGGAUCUUCUUUUCCUUAUACCUAUAAGCAGAAUUCUAGAAAGAGAUCUCAUAACUCUGUGGAAUCAGCACUAAAUAAGAAGCGAAAGCUUGAACUUUUUACAGGUAGAUCACAGAAAUCGAAGAAUGUUUCAGUACCAACAUCUCAGUUGAUUUCCGAAGUUGACCCUUCCAGGCGGCUUGGGGCUUCUCUUGUUUUAUCUUCCAAAUCGUCCCAGCAGCACGUUAUUACUCGCCCGCCAACAGAUGCCUUCCUAAGGGGCUUGCUACAGGUGGAUGCUAAUAGGUUAUUACAGGAACCAUUAUUGAGUGCUCCGAUUGAUCUUCUUGCACCACUUCCCUCUCCUUGUUUUAUUCAUCCUUCUUUGGAACCUGAUGGAUUACCAAGACGUCUUUUAUCAUCUGAGCAGCUGGAUGCUGAGCAAGUCUCUGCACAUUGGGGACGGAAAUAUUCUUUAUUUCCUUUCUCUCUUUCUCCUAAUCUUCCCAUCAUUAGCACCGAAGGGAUCAGCAACUAUGAAUUCCGAAAUAUGUCUUUUUUAGAAAAGGAGCGAAAUUUUUACCAGGCCUUCCUUCACUAUUGCAUAUCUGACUUGGAGAUGCUAUCAGCUGCCGCCAAGCGAGGCACUAAUCCUUUUGGAUUGCUACACAGGCUUCGUGGCCGAAAUUAUCUGGCUAGUCUUGUAAAGAAAUCUAUUUUAAGAGGAUUCCAAGCACCCACUAACCAUGUUCGCGAGGAGGCUACCACAGUUGAUAUUGAUCUCUUGGUACGACUAAAAUUGGAUGAUCCGAUCGAAAUCUCUGGACGCACGACCCCACCAUUGGAAAUGAGAACCAAAGCUUAUAAUAAUAUCACUGAAAAGCCAAAUACUUCAUUUCCAACGAGGCCUUUGUAUUCAGAAGAAGUUAUGAGUCUUAUGGUCCUAAAAGCUGCGGAUUGUAGUUUGAUCUGUCACCAGUGUUGCUGUCAAAUUUUCCCUACAAGCGAUGAACAAUCGACCGCUCUCGUUCUACGGAGUGAAGAUGAAGUCUUGCGUUUCUGUAGUUAUGCCUGUCUCAAUCAUUUUCGUUAUUUUUCGGCCAAAACUCUUUCAAAUUACUGCACGUCUAGUCAUGCAAAUCACAACGAUAUACGAGUAAUCAUACAACCUAGUGGAGGUGGCAAGCUCUCCAAAGGGGCAGCAAAAAAGAUUGUUGGUGGCGGCAAGACCCGUCGCAUGAAAUCUGAUUCCAUGAGUAGAAGCGCCAACUCAGCCCUUGCCUCCCACUCAUGGCGCGGCAUAAGGUGGCUUCGAUAUUCCCCUUCCGCUUUUUCCGAAUAUCAAAGCAUGGUAAGGCGUGAUGCAGAAGAAUCAUCUGAAAACCAACUACUUUUAAACGGACCAGCUCUUCGUUUGCCCUCUUAUGUCAACGAAACUUCCAAUUCUAGCGCUAUCUCAGCCCGACGAAAGAGACGUACUCAUAUACCUUGUGGAGAGCUGCAAAAACUGGAACUAUUCCCUGGGUCUCAGACCGCGCUCAUUGACAACCAGAAAACCGUUCGUGAUACGCGUGUCUGUCGUUUAUGUCAUACUAUCGGAGAUGCUCGCUCCGACGUUGCUGGUCGCCUAUUAAGUUAUGGCGCUAAUACUUGGGUACACGUUAACUGUGCUUUAUGGUCCUAUGAAGCCUUUGAGACGGUCAGUGGUUGCUUAGUUGAUGUCCAUCUGGCUAUCAAAAAGGCGGACCGUACUAUUUGCCAUUUGUGCCGCAAGAUAGGAGCUCGUCUUCCGUGUUUCGAAUCUCAGUGUCCAGCCGUUUUCCACCUUCCUUGUGCACAUGAAGCUGGAUGCUCAUUUCACGUGGACAGGAGUAUGUAUUGUCCUCACCACCGUGGAGUAACCAAUGGGGCAUCUAUACUCGAUAGUUUGGCUGUUCGUCGGCGAGUGUACAUUGAUAGAGACGAAGGCCUUCUAGUUGCGAAGGUUAUUAUUGAUUCUGAUCUCGCUGAGCGAGGCGAGCUCGGUGACUUUGGGGAAUUGAAUAAAUCGACAGUUCCUAUGCUUUCCUGCCCUUUUGUUCUAAGGAUUGGAUCCCUUACCCUACGGCACAUAGGUCAACUGCUUCCUGAUCAACUUAUUUCUGGUCGUUUUCAUACCCCUGCUUUUAUUUAUCCCGUUGGAUAUUCUGUUUCUCGACUGUUCUGGUCCUACCGCCGUGUGCACGCUCGAUGCCGCUACGAGUGUCGGAUUGAGGAGCGUCUCGUCGAUCAGGAUGCGGAGUUGCUAGAGAUCAAGUCAUCUCGUUCCUGUCAGACCAGGCCUUGGUUUGUGAUUUACGUGGAUGAGCCUGGUCAACCUUCGGCUUCUUUUGAGUCAUCCACUUGUGAUGGUGUCUGGCAAAAAGUUCUUGCUCUCAUCGAUGGGAACCGCCGCAAUUCGUCCGAUUUACCCAGAAAAAUUUUUCCCAAGCAUAUGUGCGGAGAAAUACUCUAUGGUCUCACAGAACCUCAUUUGGUCCGCGUUAUUGAAUCUCUGCCUGGUGUGGAGCAUCUCACUGACUACGUCUUCAAAUUUGGUCGUCUCCAACUUAUUAGUGAAAUGCCUUUG